AUGGCAGUUUCCGAUGCAGCGUCACUCGUGGCAGCUGCGGUACGUGCUGCCUGCGAGGCUCGAGCACCUCGACGGACGGUUGCUGCGGUUGCGGCCGCUGCAGUGUCGGCUGCUGCUGGCACUGCGGCGCCUAGCCAGCAGCGACGGCCCCGGGUGAUUGAGUCCGCUCCUGCUGACCGGAACGUUGGCGGUGAAGAGGAGGAGGCCCGGCGCGAGGCCAUCAAGGCUAAGCGUCGUAGGAGGCGCCAGCGCAAGAAGGAAGCCAGGGCAGCGGCUGCACUUGACAAGGGCGACGGGGUGCCUACGAACACCGCGCAGGCAGAAGCUGGCGAUAUGGAGACGGAGAGGACGGCGGACACUGCUACGUUUGGAGCUGGGGACGCUCAGACGGCUGCUGGAGAGGUCACGCCACCAAGGAGGAGCAAAGCGCCGGAUGUUUUCGAAAAGGGCCACACAGGACUCACGCCUCCGUGCAAGAGACACUGUGGGGUCCCGACCGAGGAGACUGGCGCCGAACCGGAGGACGCUAGUGUGGACAGCGAUGGUUCCGAAUCUGGUAUCACCAUCUACACCGAAUCGGAGGGGGGAUCGGCCCACCCGUUGUGGUCGCCUUCCAUGAAGAUCGGGCGUAGCGCAGCUCUGCGAAGAUGGGAAGAACACAAGCAGAUGAAGCGAGGCGAGGUCUCUUGCGUUGGCCUUUCAGCUCUUGCUGCGGGACUUCUGACCGUCAUUUCACAAGCUACCUACGUUGGCCUUGCCCGGAAAACUUGGGAACCGCUGUGGGAUGCGCGCCUUGCAUUCUUCAUCUCAGCAGCAGCCUCUGGCGGUGGGAUAAUGUUUCUUUUCGUGAUGAGGAAGCAUCAUUGGAUCACAUGCCAGCUUGCAAUCUACGUCUUUGCCAUUUCCGUGGAAACUUGGCGUCGCAUCAUGACCCUGGCUUGUGCCCAGGAUGCAUUCUUGGCCAUCGACAUCUGCAUGAAUGGCCUCACAGAUGUUCCUGUGCUAUUUGCAUGUGUGUUGUCGCUGGCUGCAGUUCCUGCGCUGGUGGGAGACCGAUUGCGGGGGGUGGAGGCUGCUCGACAAGCUCAGCAGCUGCGCAGAGGCUUCACAGGAACGGUUCGAGAUGCCGAGAGUUCCAACGCGGAGGAUAAGCGAAACAUCAUGAUGGAAAUUAAUCAAAGUGGGCAGUUGAACGCCGUCGAUGAGAUGGUGGAUACAUUGUUGACCAUGAACGUCUCCACGAGAGAGUUGCGCCUAGUGACGGAGCGAGCUGGGCAACUUGGAAAUUGUUCGGGCUGGAGCAGAUCAUUGUUCACGGCGUCUUCAGCCUAUUUGGUCUUCCAGUUCUACCAAGUCAAGAAAUGGAGAAUCGAUCACAUUCUCUUUGCGCUCUUUUCCCAACCGCCUGUGUCCCACUGGAUUUUGCUUGUUGCUGCUGCCCUCGAGGCUCUUGUGUGGCCUAUGAUGUUUCUGUUGCAGCCAGCUGAGAGAAAAUCUUUUUCUGUGAAAAGCACCUUCGUUUUGCUGCUUCUCCUUCCUGGUAUGCCCGCAGGCACGACAGAAGACACGACGUGCCUGUGGACUCGCCCACGCAUGAAGAAGUUGGUGCCGAAAGGGACCCAGAUCCAGAAAUUCAAUGUUAUUGUUAUGGACAUCACUUUGGCUGAGAAGUUCUUGCCGAGGCGAGUGGGACGAGGUUGCGUUAUUCCCGCCUCGCUGGGCCGGCUGUCGGCGAAGCUGGAGAUGGCCGACCUCCAGCAAGUGAAGGACUGUGCCGCCCCGCACAGCCCCAAGAAGAACUUGGGAAUAUUGGAGCGGCACGGUGCUACCUACGUCUUGGACCGGAUCUAUCCCACCGUAGUUGGACACAUCGAUCGAGUAGAACACCUGGUGGAGGGCAGUCAGUCAAACAGUUGGAAUCAGAACGGCUCCAUCCAGACGUUGUGCAUUCGCCCGGCCGCUGGCCCCGACGCCCUGGCCUUUGCGCCUGGCGUGGUCAUGGUCUUCAUGGUGACAAUGCGGGUGGCUGUUCGGUUGUCCUGCUUGGGUCCGCGGUGGCUGGUGGCGGUCUGGAUUGCGAAGCUACAGGCUCAAGACGUCACAGAAGCUCCGUCCUUGACAGAUCUUGACAGUGUAGGUUGUGCUUUGUGCAACCAGGUCGUGGAUCCGUUUUCCUUGGCCUGGGCCACCUGCGUCGCGGCGUCGAUGAGGAGGAUAGCCCGUUUGAAGGCACGCCCGUUUCCCAGUCUUGGUCUUGCAGGCUACUUCCUGCCGCACCAUUACAGCCAUCAGUUCUUCACUCUUUCAGGCGACUACCCCUUCCAUCUUGAGGCCGUGACCACGGAGUUCUGUUUUAGCAGCGUUUCCUGGCUGAACUUGGGACUAGUGAUUAGUAUAGAGCAAGACCCGGACGACUGUGAGAACAUCCAGCGGCUCAGCUCGGCAGCCACACGGUUCAGGGAUGACAACCCCCAUGUUCGCGUCUUCUUUGCUGCUGGAAGGCGUGAGUCGCUGUUGGUCGGACUCGGUGUCCAGGAGUGCCAGGGCCACCGAAGCCUCUUCUUGGCCCUUGACAAUCCAAAGGAUUGCGACAGCUACGUCCAGAAGAUGCUGAUUGAAAGCGUGGUCCGGCGGUGCGACUGGAAGGAGGCUGAGGAAGAGGAGGAUGGCGCUGAGGCAGGGCCACUGCCAGACAGCGACGACGAGCCCAAAGCGAAAACAUGUUUCGAUCUCGUGCACACCAAGACCGUCGCCACCGGUGGAGACAUCGACGCCAGCGUGCAGCUCGAACGGGUCGAGCAAAGUGGCCCUCUAAGGCACGCAAAGGCCGGUUUGCUGACUAUGCCAAUCGGCAAUCUGAAUUCCUUCGACCCGCAGAUCACUUUCGGCAAGCAAGUCACAACUGCUGGCAUCUCCAGGUCACUAUCCACCCCACUGGGCAGAGGCCAGGCCACGGCAAAGGCCAAGGCCACGGCCGAGGCACGGGCCGAGGCCGCAGGGGCCCAAGAAGGAGUCGCGCCAUGGCGGCCGUAUAAUCCGGUGGGCCAGUGCGUCGCGCUUCUCCUCCGCCCGGCGCCGCUCCUGGCCUUCGUCGAGUUCCCCCCAGGGCCUGAGCUCCUGGCUGGUGAGCGAGAUCGCGGAGAAUCGACGGGAGUGUACGCAGACCUCCCUGCCGGGGAGGGACGAGCACGAUCCGAUCAAGCACACCUACCCUUGUCGUCCUGGAAUCCUCCGCUACUCAACAGGGAGUCCCGUGAGCACCCUCCGUGCAACCUCUGUGACAUCCCAGCAAUCCCUGAGAACGAGCCCCUGCUGUUUGACUCCGCUGCGGAGUCCCAGGAUGGAGAGUCAGAGGACCAGCUGAGCUCAUGGUUCUUGAGCUUGGACCAGUGA